AUGGAUUAUCUUGAUGAGAUAGCUGAAAACUCUAACACAUGGACUGGACCUAGCCUUAUGGACUCCUCUGAUAGAACUAGAGCUAACACUACCACUUCUAGUGGAAGUGUUUUCAAGUUGAGGGAAGAUGAUAAAAUGAGUGCAAAAAUCAGCAUGUUAACUAAAGAAAUUGAGGCACUCAAAAUGAAAGGAAGUAGGAAUGUUAGUGCUACCUUUAGAGAGGACCCAAUGGAGGUGUGUAAAAUCUGUCAUGAGAUAAACCAUGCUACAAAUGGAUGUGCAUCACUUUCAUCAUUCUUGAAUGUGCCAGAAGAACAAGUACAUGCAUUUAAUUCAUACUGGCCAAAUAAUUCUUCAUAUUCUAACAAUUAUAACCCAAAUAUGCGAAACCAUCUGUAUUUGAGUUAUAAGAGUGACAAUGUGUUGAAUCCUCCUGCUCCAAGGAAUUUUAAUUCACCACAUGCAUCAUCAUCAUCUAGAACUUCCUUGGAGGAUGCACUUAGUACUUUCAUUCAAAGGCAAAGUGAGCAAAAUCAAAAGUUUGAAUCCAUGCUCACUAGGCUAGAUGAAGAGGAUAAACAUGAGGAAGUAAAAGCUGUGACCAUUUUGAGCAGUGGUAAAGAGAUUAAUAAAAGUUCUCCUUUAGUAACUAAGAAAUCUAAGGAGAUCCCAGUUGAAAAAGAGAAAGAUGAAACUGAGUCACUUGGAUUUGGUGAAAUUGAACAAUGCCCAAUCCCUCCACCAUUUCCACAAGCCUUAAAAUUACCUAAGAAAUUGGACACCACAUCUGAGAUAUUAGUGUAUUUGCAUCAAGUCAAGAUAAAUUUGCCAUUAUUGCAUGUUAUCAAGCAAAAGCCUGCAUAUGCUAAGGUAAUUAAGGACCUAUGCACCAUCAAGAGAAAGCAUCAUGUAAAGAAGACCGCAUUCCUAACAGAACAAGUAAGUGCAGUUAUCCAACAUAAGACCUUACCAAAGUAUAAGGAUCCAGGUUGUUCUACGAUCUCUUGUACUAUUGGAGAUUACAUCAUGGAGUAUGCAUUGCUAGAUCUUGGGGUAAGUGUUAAUUUGAUCCCUUCCAGUGUAUAUCAAAAACUUGGACUUAGUGAGUUGAAACCUACUUCAAUAACUUUACAGUUGGCUGAUCGCUCUGUAAGGGAACCGAGAGGGAUUGUUGAGGAUGUGUUGGUGAAAAUUGGACAAUUUUAUUAUCCUGUUGAUUUUAUUGUUCUAGAUUACCAACCUGUUUUACAUCCUAGUGUUCAUACCCCUAUUAUUUUGGGUAGACCUUUUCUUACCACAGCUAAUGCUUUAAUUAAUUGCAGGAAUGGAAGGAUGCAACUCACUUUUGGUUCCAUGACUUUGGAGUUAAACAUAUUUCAUGUGGCUAAACAACCACAUGAGGAUGAUGACUGUGCUUAUGUUUUGGAAGAACAACAGAUGAUGGCAAUUAAUAAAGGAUGGAAGCCUCACUUUGAGGAGCUACUAGAAAAUGAAAAAAAGCUCGUGCAUUCAAGUGAAGAGGCACCACAGCUGGAGCUUAAGCCGUUGCCCGGUGGUCUUAAAUAUACCUAUUUAGUCCCAAGUAAGUUAAAACCUAGAUGGGAUGGCCCUUUCAUUGUAAGGGAAGUGUUUAACCAUGGACCUGUAGUAGUUGAGUGA